UGUAAGUUAAUUUGCAACUUAUGACGCACUACUUCCAUAUAUAUAAAAACAGUGUUGUGCGCAUACAUUUGAAUGUUACAGUUAGGACAGACCGAUGGAAGAUCAUUGAUGUACAACAUAAAAAGUAAAGGACCCAAAAUAGAUCCUUGUGGGACACCAAAUAUACUUAGAGGGGCUGACUUAUAAUGUAUACUAAAAUACUGUGUGUGACCUGACAAAUAAGAUUUAAUCCAUCUUAAAGCAUGUGGAGAAAAGUUAAAACCCAAUAAUUUAGAUGAAGAUAAAUUUAGAAUUGUAUGAUUUACCAUGUCAACAGCAUUAAAUACAAUGAAGACUGUACAACUAUAGGAAAAACAGAGAGAGUAUAAAUGGAGAGUGUGGAUGAUGGGAAUUGUAGUCUGGAGGGAGAUGAAUGGAGAAACCAGGGGAAACAGAUAGGAGAACAGACUGGUAGUGUGACACAUUUUUUUUCAGAAUGUUAUAUAAAAGUGGGAGGAGGGUUCAAUGCUCCAGUAUGUAUGCAUAUGAGAGUGUUGAUCAUUCGAGUGUAACAGUCAUCAGUCAACAUGCUGGGAUGGAUUCUGGUGUGGACGUGCAUCUUCAUUCUCUUUCUUUUUAUCCGCAUUCCAAGGCCUAAGAACUUUCCUCCUGGACCACGUCCAGUCCCAUUUUUUGGAAAUCUGCUCCAACUCAACAUUGCCAAUCCUUUGAAGGACUUUGAGAGGCUGGCAAAUCGUUAUGGAAAGGUUUACAGUUUGUACAUUGGAUCAAAACCUACAGUAGUGCUUAAUGGUUUUGAGGUUAUAAAGGAAGCUCUUGUUAAUAAGGCGGUUGAGUUUGCUGGACGCCCACAAGACCUCAUGGUCAACCAUGUCAUGAAGGAAGGAGGUGUUGUUUUGGCCGACUAUGGCCCUGAUUGGAAAGAACACAGACGCUUUGCUCUCAUGACUCUGAGAAACUUUGGUCUGGGGAAGCAAACAAUGGAGGAGAGGAUUUUGGGAGAGAUCUCAUUUAUUGUUGAUAAACUGGAUAAAGCUGUUGGAGGCUCCAUUGAUCCUAAGACUAUGUUCCACAAUGCUGCAUCAAAUAUCAUCUGCAUGGUUCUGUUUGGAUCUCGCUUUGAUUAUGAUGAUGCAUUCUUCAAGCGUUUUAUUGAAAUCUUUACAGAGAAUGCAAAGAUCGCCAAUGGACCAUGGGCUAUGAUUUAUGAUGCUUUACCUAUGCUGAGAAGUCUGCCCUUACCUUUUAAGAAGGCUUUUACAAAUGCCAGUACAGGCAGACAGAUGUCUUUAAAUUUCAUCAACGAGCACAAGAAGACCAGAGUCCCAGGAGAGCCGAGGGAUUUCAUUGACUGCUAUCUGGAUGAGCUUGAUAAGAGAGGUGAUGAUGGUUCGAGCUUUUGUGAAGACCGACUUAAAUUGUACAUUUUGGAUUUGCACUUUGCAGGGACUGAUACUACCUCCAACACCCUCCUCACUGGAUUCCUCUACCUCAUGAAUCACCCCAAAGUUCAAGGUCUGUAUUUUAAAAACAAAUCGAGUUCAUUGAUUAUUUUUGCUCUGUUCACUAGCUUAAAUACAUGCAAACAUGUCCUUGUCUUUCCUCCAGCGAAAUGUCAGCGAGAGAUUGAUGAAGUUUUGGAAGGUAAAGAUCAGGCCUCAUUUGAAGACAGACACAAUAUGCCGUACACACAGGCUGUGAUUCAUGAAGUUCAGCGUGUGGCAAACACCGUACCACUGAGUGUGUUUCACUGCACCACCAAAGACACAGAGCUGAUGGGUUACAAUAUCCCAAAAGGAACUAUGAUUAUUCCUAAUCUUACUUCUGUACUGAAUGAAGAAGGUCAGUGGAAGUUUCCUCAUGAGUUUAAUCCAGCCAACUUCCUAAAUGAUGAGGGCCAGUUUGUGAAACCUGAAGCCUUUAUGGCAUUUUCUACUGGGCCCCGUGUGUGUCUCGGUGAGGGUCUUGCUCGUAUGGAGCUUUUCCUGGUUAUCGUCACUCUGCUGCGUCGAUUCCAGUUUGUUUGGCCUGAAGAUGCUGGGGAACCAGAUUACACCCCUGUGUUUGGGGUCACACUCACACCCAGGCCCUACAGAAUGCACAUUAGACUCAGAGAACCGGCCAAAAAAUUAUAAUGAUGCUUACCGCGUAUAUUUUACAAAGAUGGACUAGUGUGUUUUAUUCAUGAAAACAUGAAUAAAAGAAACUGAAGGCACAGAACCAUGCCAGUUGGGUUAUGGCUAGACCUACUUUGAUAUACAUCAGAUUAUUCUUACAAAAUAAAAACUACCAAUUUA